AUGCGAAAUGGACUUCGACAAUCAGAUCGAAUUUUUCAGGUUUGGAUACAAAACCUACUCAGAAAUUCCCCCGAGGAUUUGGCGGGCAAGCUCGCUUCCCGACAUUGCCCUAGUACGCCUGUGACAGCCUCGCGACUUUCAAACGGCGCUUUUAAUAUUUGCUAUCGAGUCACUUUCGAAAAUGGGCAUCGCGUACUGGUUCGCUUUUCGGCCCUUGGUCGGGUCAUCGCUCGCAAUGAAAAGGUUGAAGAUGAGGUCGCCAUAAUGGAAUAUAUUGCCCAGCACACAGCGAUCCCUGUUCCCAAGGUCUUAGGGUAUGGCAAGUGCGCGGUCGGUCCGUACAUUGUGAUGUCUUUUAUCGAAGGGAAUCAGUUGAGCGGAUACCUCAGCGACUCAUCUCGGGAGACAUUCACACUGAGUGCGAGAGUCCCUAUUUCUAUCUUAAGGAAAGCCUAUUUCGGGAUGGCUGGAGUGCUGCUUGAGCUAUCGAAGCCGGAAUUUCCGUUUAUUGGAGCCAUCAGCCAGGAAGAGUCAGGUGCUUGGACUGUGUCAAAGCGCCCUCUCAGUUAUAACAUGAAUCGACUUGCUCAAUUUUCCAAUAUUCCACACGAUGUUUUUAAGCGACAGCGGUUCAGCAAUGCGGCAGAUUAUUUUGAGGAGCUCGCUCAACAACAUUUCUAUCAUCUUGAGCUUCAACGCAACGACGCAGUUACGAAUGAAGCCGACUGUCGGAAGAAAUACAUUGCGCGCUGUCUUUUUCGCAAACUUUCGCGUGAGAUAUCCAGAGAACAUUGCAGUGGACCUUUCCGGCUCUACUGCGAUGACCUUCGCCCUGACAAUGUCCUUGUUGAUGCGUCAAGGCUUGUUAUCACUGGGGUGGUCGACUGGGAAUUUGCUUAUGCUGCCCCUGUUGAAUUUACAUAUGCUGCUCCUUGGUGGCUCUUAUUGGAGCGUCCGGAGGACUGGGAGCCCGACCUAGAUCAAUUUUUGGCUCGCUUCAUGCCGAGGUUUCGCACUUUUCUUGAAGUACUUCAAGAAUGUGAGGCAAGUAAAAUCAAAGAUGGAUCCCUGUCACAAUCCCAGCGUCUAUCGACUGCGAUGGAGAACUCGAUGGAGACUGGGCUAUUUUGGAUUUGCCUUGCUUCAAGACACAGCUCCAUGUUUGAUGAGAUCUAUUGGAAGUUCAUCGAUCCAAGUUUUUUUGGUUCUUUUACAGUGAUUGAGGAUCGACUAUGCCUGUUAAGCGCAGAGGAGUGUGUAAAUAUUGACACUUUCAUUGCGAAGAAAAUGCACCAGGCAGAUGAGGGUAAACUGGUGCCUCAUUACAGCACUGACGAACUAGUUGAUCUGUAA